CGGGCUUGGACCCGGUGCUAUUCCCCCAACCAAGAUGAGGUACAGAGCCACAGAGGUGAAGGUUUCUUUCUUUUCACUUUUCCCCCAAUCACUCUGUUCUUCCCAACUCUUCAUAAUCUCCUUUUAUUUACGAAAUCUUGCAAUCGAAGAAUAAGAGGGAUUUUAGGUUUUGAUUUGUACUGACGCCUCUAUUUAAUGGCUCAACGCCGGCGAAUCAAAACCGUAUCGGAUGGAAGUAGGGAUUUGAUAAGUGAGCUGCCUGGAGACGUAAAGGACAGAAUUUUGGAGUGUUUGCCCACCGAAGACGCCGCUAGAAUGACUGUGCUCUCGACCCACUGGAAUGAUACUUGGUUGCAGCAUGGGAGGCUUGCCUUCGAUUCGGACUUCUUGCAUACUCUUGAACAGUGCUAUGAAUCCUAUGAUGAUGAUGAUGAAGGUAUAACCCUCGUGAACAUAAUCAAUAAUAUCCUCUUUUUCCGUGCUGGGCCGGUUAAGAAAUUUACUCUACAGAUUUCAAGUGAUCAUCCUCAGCCGCAGCAAACUGAUUUUGAUAGGUGGUGUCUUUUUCUAUCAAGAAAUGGGGUGGAGGAACUUAACAUAUCCUUACCGAGUUGUGUGGAGGAAUAUAAGCUGCCAUUUUGUUUACUAUCUUGCAGGACAAUUAAGCGACUGAUAGUCCACGCUCUCUUAAUUGAUUUGCCUGUAAAUGCUGUUCGUAUAUUUUCCAAUGCCACUUCAUUAGCUUUCUUCGCUGUUCAAUUUAAGCGCAGUGUUAAUGGAAUUGCCUCUAGUAUUACUAUUCCUAAACUUGAGAAGCUGGCUUUCGAACUUUGUCUAGGGAUCAAUAAAUUUGAGAUCAUUAGCCCUCCAAAGCUUGAAAUCUUGUCUGUUAUUCAUUCUAUUGGAGGUGUGGUUGAGUCCAGAUGGCUGACACCACAUUUGAAAGCCAUUAAGACUCUUUGGUUGUGUGGCGCUUCGUUGCGGUAUAUGGAUGUAUCUAUGUUUCCAACUGCAAUAAAUCUGCAAGUGAUGAAGCUAUAUGAAUUAAGCUUUGGUUGUGGGAAGCAACUCACCGUUGCUAUGCAAUUGCUUCAAAAAUGCCCCAACCUAUGUGAACUAGGAAUUAUGGUGGAGGAGGAGAGUGAUAGUUGGGGGGAUGACAAAGAAGUUGCUUCAAAGCUUUUGGAGGAUCCAGAUGGUUGCUUUGUUAUUCAGGAGUUGAAGAUGCUUAACACAAUCAAGAUUGAAUCAUUCCGUGAAUCCGCACUCAUAAUGCUUUUUAUGAAAAUGCUGCUCUCGAAAUCCCCUACGCUAGAGAGAGUUGUUAUUCUGAAGCAUUGGGAUAUGAAUGUCUUUGAGAUGAGCAAAAUCCUAAGAAAGUUGGAAUGCUUCCCUCGUGCAUCUCCAAAUGCGCAAAUAGUCUGCAUGGGCAAUUACUGGUUCAGUUACUAUGAGCGUCAGGAGUAUUUGGAUUUAUACCCAUGGUUUUAGCCAUUUAGAAACCUAGUAUGGUGUGGUGAAUCUCCAUGGGGGUUCAAUUUGGGUGUAACUUAGAAAUGUAAGUUAUGGUUUUAGACUUGGAGUGUUGGAAGUUGAAAUGUUUCCUAAGUUGUUCAGCAUAGGUGUUUGUAAUCAACAAGCAUAGACUCCAAGAAUGCUCCUCUAUUUGCUUUUACUUGUUGUGACUACUUUAGAUGGUGUGGGUUAUCACUGCUCAAUGAGUUGUUUCUUGUGACUUCAA